AUGCCUCGCAAAGACCUCCUCUGUGGAUACCGCCACCCGUUCAUGGAUGCCACCCAAUUCGCAACCGGAGUCGGAGAUGAACCUAGGACACUCACCGACCUUGCUAUGUCGCAAUUCUCGUACACUUUGCGAAUGAAACCCGAAUGGUACAAUAAACAUACAGAUCCCGAAACAAGAAAGAAAUGGGCUGCAGAGGCCGCAGACCAGUCGUGGAAGGUGCGGAUCCCCGGUGGGUCUGUGGAUAUCAAACUCUCCAUGAAGCAGAUCGGGUACGUCAUGGACGAGCUAGCAGGAUAUGCUGCCCUUCGUGACGCCCGAAAUUCCUGCCAGGUCUCUUGCUUCGAGCGAAUAUGGGAAACAGGCCACGUUAUCGACGACGAAGCGUCGGCAAAACUUACGGAAGAAAUUUCAUUUCUUCGUCAUCCUGGUAAAUCAGGGCCAGUAAACUGGCUCCUUGACCCGUACCUCUGCCCGCUCAUAUAUGGCCAAACGCAAGUAUCGACGCCUGAUGGCCCGACGCUUCUCACACCACCUCGCGGAUCGUAUUAUACCCCAGAUCACUACGCAGUUUCUUCGCAUUUCUGUCUUUUGCCUUCCGCUGUAUCGAUAUCACCGAAAUCAUACGCUGUCCAAUUCUGUUCCUACAUCAACAAUCUUCAUCCAACACACCACGCAAACCUGUAUUCCUCGUUGUCGACUCUCCUUGCUCGCUUCAUACCCUUAUUCGAACACACCCUCACCGACUUGCAUCGAAACAAUCCUCUCACACAAAGAAUCUCUGGAUCAUGCAAAUACACCAUUUGGGAUGAGCCGGAACCGCCAGAACAUUCUGAUGACGAAGAAGGAUGGGCGACUUACGAGCGCGAGAUGCGGCAGUGGUCGCUUAACCGACCGCUUCAGUUGCCAGACGUGUCAUCUGCAGGGUACCGUGGAGGCCUGGAGAAUCGACGCCAUACGGUUAGCUUAGGCGGCCGAGAAGUUAAAAUAAUACCUUCCAUCAACGAAAUCUCUCUCGAUCCGGAAACUCCAUUUUAUGCAGGCUCCCCAUGGAAGGUUGAGGGUAUGAGAAAUGAGAGAAUCACUGCCUGUGCUAUCUACAUUGCGUCCAAGGAAAAUAUAACGCCUCCGUCCUUACAAUUCAGAAUGGCAAUUACAUACCCCGGAGGUUUUAUGCUCGGCGACUCCGGCGCAACACUUCGCACCUGGGGACUCCGUGACGUCGAUCCUUGUCACCAAUAUAUCGGCUCCAUUCCAAACCUCGAGGCCGGGUUCGGCGUAGUAUUCCCUAAUAUCUACCAACAUCAGCUCGCACCCUUUCGCCUUGCCGAUCCCACAAAGCCAGGUCAUUUGACUUGUGUCUCAUUCUGGCUCGUCGAUCCAGAUAUUUCGAGCAAUGGGUUACUGAGCUCGGAAAUUUGGCACCGUAAAGCUGUCCCUUCUACGGCAGAUGUACCGCCGCAACAGAAAGAAUGGGUUGCUGAGACUAUGGACGAGGUUAUAGAUAGGCGGGUUCCUAUGGAGGUUGUUGAACGCAUUCUGGACAGUACGGAGGGGCUAUUGGACGCUGUGGAGGCGAAUCGAGUGAGGCAGGAAGUUUUGGACGAGCGGGAGGAGUUCAGGAAACUGAACGACAUGAAUUAUUUCUGUGUACCAUUUGAUGUUUGGGGUACGUUCUAA